UCAGUCUGAGAGCAGCUCUGCCAGCACCGGGCGAUAAUAAUACCGGACACGGCCAGCACCCAGCACCGAGUACCCAGCAUGCACGUCAUCAAGAGAGAUGGAAGGCAGGAGCGUGUUAUGUUUGAUAAAAUCACAUCCAGAAUCCAGAAGCUAUGCUACGGGCUCAAUGCAGAAUUUGUUGAUCCUACCCAGAUCACCAUGAAAGUAAUUCAGGGUCUUUACAGUGGUGUUACCACGGUGGAGUUGGAUACACUGGCAGCAGAGACGGCAGCUACUCUGACAACCAAGCACCCAGAUUAUGCUAUAUUGGCUGCGAGAAUAGCGGUUUCCAACUUGCACAAGGAAACCAAGAAAAUAUUCAGUGAUGUGAUGGAAGAUCUUUUUAACUAUGUGAACCCGCGGAAUGAACGUCAUUCUCCUAUGAUCGCCAAAGAGACGCUGGACAUUGUGUUGGCAAAUAAAGAUCGUCUGAACUCUUCCAUUAUCUACGACAGAGACUUCUCCUAUAACUUCUUUGGGUUUAAGACAUUAGAGCGCUCCUAUUUGCUGAAAAUAAAUGGGAAAGUGGCAGAAAGACCUCAGCACAUGUUGAUGAGGGUGUCUGUAGGCAUCCACAAGACGGACAUAGAGGCUGCUAUUGAAACUUAUAACUUACUGUCUGAGAAGUGGUUUACCCAUGCAUCUCCUACACUCUUCAACGCUGGCACCAAUAGACCGCAGCUGUCUAGUUGUUUCCUGCUGUGCAUGAAAGAUGACAGCAUUGAAGGCAUUUAUGACACUUUAAAGCAGUGUGCACUCAUCUCUAAAUCUGCUGGUGGGAUUGGAGUAGCAGUCAGCUGUAUCAGAGCCACUGGUAGCUAUAUUGCUGGGACAAACGGAAAUUCUAACGGACUUGUCCCAAUGCUGCGUGUUUACAAUAAUACCGCCCGCUAUGUGGAUCAAGGUGGAAACAAGAGACCUGGUGCUUUUGCCAUCUACCUGGAGCCCUGGCAUUAUGAUGUCUUUGAAUUCUUGGACCUUAAGAAGAACACCGGAAAGGAGGAGCAAAGAGCCAGAGAUCUAUUCUAUGCUUUGUGGAUCCCAGAUCUCUUUAUGAAAAGAGUGGAGACUAACCAGGAUUGGUCUUUGAUGUGUCCUCAUGAUUGUCCAGGUUUGGAAGAAGUUUGGGGAGAGAAGUUUGAGGAGCUCUAUGAAAAAUAUGAACGGGAAGGACGAGUACGCAAGGUGAUUAAAGCUCAGCAGCUCUGGUAUGCCAUCAUGGAGUCUCAGACAGAAACUGGCACUCCCUACAUGCUUUAUAAGGAUGCAUGUAACCGUAAGAGUAACCAGCAGAACCUGGGAACCAUUAAGUGUAGUAACCUCUGCACGGAGAUUGUGGAAUACACCAGUGAUAAAGAGGUUGCUGUUUGUAACUUGGCCUCUAUUGCGCUGAAUAUGUAUGUCACCAGUGAGCGAACAUUUGACUUCAAAAAACUUGCUGAGGUUACUAAAGUUAUUGUACGAAAUCUCAACAAAAUAAUUGAAAUUAAUUUCUAUCCAGUUCCAGAGGCAGAGUACUCAAACAAGCGUCAUCGUCCUAUAGGAAUAGGUGUACAAGGACUUGCUGAUGCUUUCAUCCUUAUGCGGUUCCCUUUUGAAAGCCCAGAGGCCCAGUUGCUAAACCAGCAGAUCUUUGAGACCAUCUAUUAUGCUGCACUGGAGUCUAGUUGUGAACUUGCAGAGCAGCUUGGACCCUAUGACACGUAUGAAGGCAGUCCUGUCAGCAAAGGUAUCCUACAGUAUGACAUGUGGGACUUCACACCCUCUGGGCUCUUGGACUGGGCUGUUUUGAAGGAAAAGAUAGCAAAACAUGGUAUUAGGAAUAGCUUGCUCUUGGCACCGAUGCCCACGGCUUCCACUGCUCAGAUAUUGGGUAACAAUGAGUCCAUAGAACCAUACACCAGCAACAUCUACACCCGCAGAGUCCUGUCAGGGGAGUUUCAGAUUGUUAACCCACAUUUACUAAAAGAUCUAACCGAGCGAGGGCUUUGGAAUGAAGAAAUGAAAAACCAGAUUAUUGCGUGUAAUGGAUCCAUUCAGAGUAUACCAGAAAUUCCUCAAGACCUGAAAGAUCUCUAUAAGACUGUGUGGGAAAUAUCACAGAAAACGGUGAUCAAAAUGGCGGCAGACAGAGGCGCAUUCAUUGACCAGAGCCAGUCCCUGAAUAUCCAUGUAGCAGAGCCAAACUACGGCAAACUGACCAGCAUGCACUUCUACGGCUGGAAAUUGGGUCUAAAAACUGGCAUGUACUAUCUGCGAACACGGCCGGCAGCAAACCCCAUCCAGUUCACACUGAAUAAAGAGAAGCUUAAAGAAAUGGACAGUGUUACUCCGGAGGUCUCAGAAAAGGAAGAGAAGGAGAGGAACAAGGCUGCAAUGGUGUGCUCUUUAGAAAACCGAGAUGAAUGUCUAAUGUGUGGGUCGUAGCUGCUGACAUUAUGUCAAAGAAUUAAAUCAAACAGACAUAAUGAGCUUUUUUC